CAUACACGAAGCUUUUGGCACAAUAAAAUAACAGAGACACAGUGUUCCUCCUUCUCAAACCCUAUCACUCCACUCUCUGCGCUUUGCUCCUCUCUCCUCUCGCGGCGUAGGGUUUUGCUGCAAAGCCCUCUUCACGGUUCCUAGAUAUUCAUAAUGGGUAAGGAGAAGGUUCACAUUAACAUUGUGGUCAUUGGCCAUGUCGACUCUGGAAAGUCAACCACCACUGGCCAUUUGAUUUACAAACUUGGAGGUAUUGACAAGCGUGUCAUUGAGAGGUUUGAGAAGGAGGCUGCUGAGAUGAACAAGAGAUCAUUUAAGUAUGCUUGGGUGCUGGACAAGCUCAAGGCUGAGCGUGAGCGCGGUAUCACCAUUGACAUUGCAUUGUGGAAGUUUGAGACCACCAAGUACUACUGCACUGUCAUUGAUGCUCCUGGACAUCGUGACUUCAUCAAGAACAUGAUUACCGGAACUUCCCAGGCCGAUUGUGCUGUCCUUAUCAUUGACUCCACCACUGGAGGUUUUGAAGCUGGUAUUUCCAAGGAUGGCCAGACCCGUGAGCAUGCCUUGCUAGCUUUUACUCUUGGUGUCAAACAGAUGAUCUGUUGCUGCAACAAGAUGGAUGCGACAACCCCGAAGUAUUCCAAGGCAAGGUAUGACGAAAUUGUUAAGGAGGUUUCAUCGUACUUGAAGAAGGUGGGAUACAACCCUGAUAAGAUCCCUUUCGUCCCCAUCUCUGGAUUCGAAGGUGACAACAUGAUUGAGAGGUCCACCAACCUUGAUUGGUACAAAGGCCCAACUCUGCUCGAGUCCCUGGACAUGAUUUCAGAACCCAAGAGGCCCACAGACAAGCCCCUCCGUCUCCCACUUCAGGAUGUGUACAAGAUUGGAGGUAUUGGAACUGUGCCAGUGGGACGUGUCGAGACUGGUGUCCUCAAGCCCGGUAUGAUCGUAACUUUUGGUCCCACUGGCCUAACCACUGAAGUCAAGUCUGUGGAGAUGCACCAUGAGGCUCUCCAGGAGGCUCUUCCGGGUGACAAUGUGGGUUUCAAUGUGAAGAAUGUUGCUGUGAAGGAUCUCAAGCGUGGGUUUGUUGCAUCAAAUUCCAAGGACGAUCCGGCCAAGGAAGCAGCUAACUUCACUUCUCAAGUUAUUAUUAUGAACCAUCCCGGUCAGAUUGGGAAUGGUUAUGCCCCUGUUCUUGAUUGUCACACAUCCCAUAUUGCUGUUAAGUUUGCUGAACUUGUGACCAAGAUCGAUAGACGGUCUGGUAAGGAGCUUGAGAAGGAGCCAAAGUUUUUGAAGAAUGGUGAUGCUGGGUUUGUUAAAAUGAUCCCCACCAAGCCCAUGGUUGUUGAGACCUUCUCCGAGUAUCCCCCACUAGGGCGUUUUGCUGUGAGGGACAUGAGACAGACUGUGGCUGUUGGAGUCAUCAAGAGCGUGGAGAAGAAGGAUCCUUCUGGAGCCAAGGUCACAAAAUCUGCUGCUAAGAAGAAGUGAAUUGUGCAGGGUCGGUUUCCUUCAGUUGAAGGACCUUAUUAUCAUUAUUAUAGUCGUCAUAAAAACUGGGCUUUUGUUAGUAGUCAUGUCAUCUCGAUUGGACUUUUACUUGGUUGCGUGGUCGAUUUUAAUAUUGCGUAUUUGCUGUUGUUGGGCACCAGUUCUCAGAACUGGGUGCUUGAUAGGCGGUGGCAGGGCUUUGAGCCGGGUCUUUUGUUUGUCUAUUUGUGGUUUAUUAAGUGGGAGUAGUGUUUGAAAUUCCUGCCAUGUAUGUAGUUGAGGGAGUUGCUAGUACACUAUGUUUUCCUGUGCUGUGCAGGCGUUUCCUAUAUUGUUUAGUAAGAUCUGGAUUUUGUGGUUUUAAAUAAAAUGUCCUGCUUUGUGGUAGUCUUAA